AUGGAAUCGGUACUACUGGAACACUUCCCUGCUGGGCUGGACUCCUUCUCCUCAGAAUCUUAUUUUGACGAUGAGGAAUUUUUCACCGAUCAGUCUUCCCGCGACCCUCUGGAAGGUGACGAACUCCUGGAGGCCGACGUGGGCUUCCUGAGCCCGCCGUUCCACGAGUGUUACCGCAGCGACGGGGCUGGCGGUGGCUCAGGGUCUGAAAAUGUGCCGGAAGGCUCUCUUGCAGCGGCUGCGGCGGCAGCAGCAGCGCGGCGACGGCGGCGGGUGCGCUCCGAGGCUGAGUUGCAGCAACUGAGGCAGGCGGCUAAUGUGCGCGAGCGGCGGCGGAUGCAGUCCAUCAACGACGCCUUCGAGGGGCUGCGCUCUCAUAUCCCCACGCUGCCUUACGAGAAGCGUCUCUCCAAGGUGGACACUCUGCGCCUGGCCAUCGGCUACAUCAACUUCCUCAGCGAGCUGGUCCAGUCCGACUUACCUCUGCGCAGCGCUGGCAGCCAGAGCCCAUGCCAGCCCAAGAAGGUUAUCAUCUGCCACCGGGGCACAAGAUCACCUUCUCCAAGUGACCCAGAUUAUGGACUUCCUCCUCUUGCUGGGCAUUCACUCUCUUGGACUGAUGAAAAACAACUCAAGGAACAAAACAUUAUUAGAACUGCUAAAGUCUGGACUCCAGAAGACCCCAGGAAGUUAAACAGCAAAUCAUCUGUGAACAACAUUGAAAAUGAGCCCCCUUUUGAUUUCAUAUCAUAA